ACAUACCUGCCCUCCCCCCUCCACCCCCUGCUAAACCCUGUUCGUUAGUGCUAGGCUCGUUGUCGGUUGUCGUUAUCGGUUGUCGUCGUAUUCUGGGCCCUCUUGGUCCUCCCGAAUCUUCCUUUCGCCGUCUUGUCUUUUAGUCUGGAGCGUUUGUAGUGUUUUUUGUUCCCACGUCUUUCCUCUCCUCCGUCAUGUCCGCCUUGGGCCAGCCCGGGUCCAGCUCCCACACCCAUCCGGGCCUGACCUUCCCGCAGGUCAACGGACUCAACAGACGCGGAGGAUAUCCAUCUUCACACUCGUCCACGCCGCCGAAACCUUCUCCCACGCCUCAGCAACACCAAUCCCCGUACCAGGCUGCUCAAUAUACUCCCCAGCAACCCCCGCAGGCCGCCUACCCGCAACAUCUCUUUCAGAGCACCACCCCGUCUCCGGUACCCAACGUCGCCAGUCUACCUAACUUAGCAAAUGGCAACUCGAGACACGCCUCGGCUCAGGCUGCUCAGGCUGCUCAGCAUGCCCAAGCUGCUGUGCAGGCCGUUCGCCAGCAUCAACAACACCAGCACCAGCACUCUCAGCACCAACGAAGUAGCCAGCAGCGUCAGAUGCAAUCACAGCCGGGACCUCCAACCACAAUGGCAUAUCUCCAGCAAGCUAUGAACCAGCCUGUCCAAUCCGUCCAACAGGUACCCCAGUCAGUAGUAUCCCAGCCGGUUCUACAGAUGCCGCACCCUCAGUCGAUACCACAAAUUCAGCCGCAACCUGUUCAGCAGGUCCAACCAACCCCACCGGUCCAACCGAACGACAGCAAUCUGAUAUCUCCGAACCCUCCGCAUCAUCAAUCUCACCCGCAAGCUCAUUCGCAAGCUCACCAGCAACCGCACCCCCAGGCACAUUCCCGCCUGAAGGGGGUAGUUUUCCUAGUCUUGAUGCUGUUCACAAGCACGUGCUCGCGUAUUGCACAUCGGUGGGAUAUGCUGUAGUUAUCGGACGGUCGAAGAAGACUGUUCCGGGUCUAAAGAAGGUUCUCUUCGUAUGUGACCGUGCUGGAAAGCCUCCAAGCCGGAGAACACAGUGGAC